GUUAUCCUGGGUCUGUCGGGCUGAAAUAUAGAGAGCCACAGAAGGUUCCGUUUCAGUAAGAAAAUCUAACGUCCUUUCUUCGUUUUCUUAGAUGCUGAGAUGAAUCGUCAUCUGUGUGUUUGGCUAUUUAGACAUCCUUCUCUUAAUGGUUACCAUCGGUGUCACAUCUACCUUGAUUUUCAACAAUUUAGACAUCUACACCUUGACACAAGAAUGUGGAUUCUUAGACAAAAGAAGAAUUAUGUCUUACGUUCUCUGUUAAAUAAGAAUUGGUCCAGAAGCUAUUGUAAUCGAAACACCAGGAUGCUGCGGAACCAUAGAUCACUACAAAAAUAUAUGGAGGACAUUACCAAGGAGUGCCAAAAACUUGAUCAGUGUUUGCAGCAUGUUUCUGUGGAUGAAGGUGAUCGAAGGUCUUUGAGCCAAAGGCAUGCCAAAUUGCUACCACUAAUAGCCAUUUAUCAAGAAAUUCAGGAGGCCAAACAAGCAAUUGAAGACUUAGAAUCCAUGUGUAAAAGUCUGAAUAAACAAGAUGAAAAGCAAUUACAAGAACUUGCACUAGAAGAAAGACAAACUAUUGAUCAGAAAAUCAAUAUGUUAUAUAAUGAGCUUUUCCAGAGUUUAGUGCCAAAGGAGAAAUACGACAAAAAUGAUGUGAUUUUAGAGGUAACAUCUGGAAGAACUACUGGAGGUGAUAUUUGCCAACAAUUUACCCUGGAAAUAUUUGACAUGUACCAGAGUUAUUCAUGCUAUAAGCACUGGAACUUUGAACUUCUGAAUUAUGCACCAGCUGAUUAUGGUGGGCUGCAUCACGCAGCCGCCCGAAUUUCUGGUGACAAUGUCUACAAGCAUUUGAAGUAUGAAGGUGGGAUUCACCGGGUUCAGCGAAUUCCUGAAGUUGGCCUGUCCUCAAGGAUGCAGCGCAUUCACACAGGAACAAUGUCAGUUAUUGUCCUUCCUCAGCCAGACGAGGUAGAUGUGAAAGUGGACCCUAAGGAUUUGCGAGUAGAUACAUUUCGAGCCAAAGGAGCAGGAGGACAGCACGUCAACACGACCGACAGUGCUGUCAGACUUGUCCAUAUCCCCACAGGCCUAGUAGUAGAAUGCCAACAAGAACGAUCCCAGAUAAAAAACAAAGAAAUAGCCAUGCGUGUGUUGAGAGCUAAACUGUACCAGCAGAUUGUUGAGAAAGACAAGUGUCAACAACAAAGUGCUAGGAAACUACAGGUGGGAACAAGAGCCCAGUCAGAAAGAAUACGGACAUAUAAUUUCACCCAGGAUAGAGUCACUGACCACAGGAUAGCAUAUGAUGUUCGUGAUAUUAAGGGCUUUUUAUGUGGUGAGAAGGCUCUGGAUCAGCUCAUUCAAAGACUGCUUCAGUCAGCAGAUGAAGAGGCCUUGGCUGAACUGUUGGAUGAAAACCUUAAGUCAGCAAAAUAA